AUGGACCAAGACAAUCCUUUGUUUGAGGCUUAUACUCUCACACCCUCUCAGAUUACCUCAUCAUCGGAUAGUUUAUUCUCAGGAACGAACAAUGAUCAAGCAAUGAUUCCGUUAGGGAAUCAAUUGAUGGCGGCCAAAAAUGUAUCCUCAAACAAUCAUUUGCAAGAAGAUGGAGUGGUUGUGAUUGAGGAGCCUUCCGUACCCAAGCUUGCCAAAAUCGCCAAUGAAGUGAUCAGAGCUCAACAAGUAUCGUCAUCGGAAAAGAAGAGGUUAACGGUGGUGCCACCCUUACCUAUUCCACCAGCAGCUGUAGUGAUUGAGCAAGAAAAAACAAUGCCGGAUUUAUCAAAGACUAUAUCAUCACCAACAACAACAACAGCGUCAGUUGAACAACGGCCAUCUAUGAGCAACAACAGCACACAACAGCAGGCUUCUUCCAUGACACCUACUACAACAGCAUCAAUUCUGUUUGAGCCAACCAGGGAGAUUGAAACCACUAAGGAUCAAUCAGAAAACAUCAACAUUAUGGAUGACAAUAACUCAAACAUCAUGGAUCAUAAUGACUCCGAUCAUUACCAACAAUACGAGGCUACUUUAGGCGAACAUCAAGUGGAUCCCGUCGAAAAAUCCAGCAAUCCCAAUACUCCCAAGCUAGAUAUGAGCCUUCAUUUGUCAGCUCUCUCUUCACCAACGAAGCCCAUCUCUACAACUACUUUGAAAAAAGAGGACUCAAAUCUUCAUCAUUUGAAGGAACCAUCUUCUUCAUCGCCUCCGAGAAGACCAGCAUCAGCCUCUUCAACUCGUUCGACAUUGAGUCAAAACCCCAACUAUAUGAAUUCUACCAUUACUUGGUCGUCAAAAGAAAGCAACAAGAGCAUUGUUGAUUUGAAAGCUUCCAUUAACGAGCCAAGAAAUAUCAUGCGGUUUGGAAUGGCCUCUUAUCAAAACAAGCCUACCUUAAAUACAAGAGCACCAUCUCCAUCCGUAACAAAACGGAGAGUAACACCAAGAAGAGAACGUAUUUUUACCAGUAUUCCCGAUCUCAAUCUUGAGAAUGUUUCCUUUUCAACUGGUUUGGGAACAAUUUCCCUUCCAAAUUACAGAUUAACUUCUCUUAAAGGAUUAGGCGUAAGAAAUGACUUGAAAAUUUUGUACAUCCAAAAUAACUAUCUGACCUCAUUCAAAUAUUUAGAAAAGCAGCCCAAUCUAGAAGUAUUGUACGUGGCCAAUAAUUGUAUUUCCUCAUUAUAUGGAUUUUCGGAGCAACCCAAGUUGAAAUUAAUAAGUUUGGAAGGAAAUCCAAUCACAAAACAUCCCAAUUACAGGUUGAUGGUUCUCAUUGCAGGAGGGCUUCAGCUUAAGAAAAUUGACGGAGAAUUAGUUCAAUAUAAGGAAAGAGAAUUUGUGAAGCAAUAUGUGGCAUCGAAUGAAAAAUGUGUAGAAGCAAUAAGGGCGGGAUGGCUUCUCGAUACAACACCAAGAACCACCGAAGAAUUCGAGCAAAUCAUUGCUGACCUUAACACCAAAAAUAUGGAUGAUAGGGACGAAGUUCGAAAUUCUGACUUGUUCAAGGACUUGGUUAGUGGCGCUCUUGUCAAGACAGUCACUUCACCAGACCUCAGCCAAUAUGAGGAGAAAAAAGUUACAAAAUCUGUGCCGAUCGUAACACCAUCGACAACUUCUUUCAUCUCUUACGAUGGCAAGGAAUUAUCUCGAGAUGAACCUCCCUCAUCUUUCAGCAAUACCUUUCUGACCAAUUAUGUUAACGAAAUCAAAAAUCUCAAGCUUCAAUUGGAAAAGAAAGACAAGGAGCUUGAAGCUGAGAGGAAGAAGAAUAAGGAGCUGAAAGAAACGAGCUUGCUGUUGGAGGAUUUGCAACACAUUUACAAGUCUGAUAUUAAUGGUCUCUCCAUUUCUCUAAAUUCAACUUUUGACAUGAUUAACAACGUUUCAGCAUCUCUCAACAAUGAAAGUAUGAAUAUUUACAAGGCAUCGAAUGACUUGCUUAAACGAAUAGAUUAUGACAAGGUUACACGAACGAGUCUGCUAGUUGACGAAAAGAAAAUGUUCCGUAUUCAUAUUAGAGUGUCCAAUAGUGAGCUCAUUGAUGUGAUUACCACGGAUCAGAAGAAGGCACUCGCAGUCUACAAGAUUCUUCAUAUGAAAGUUGCUCUUUUCAACAAACUUAAAAAGCAAAAAACCGCUCAACAAUAA